CUCCCUUUCUCUCGCAGCAUCUUCCUGGGAGCCUGUAGGUGAAGCAGCACCAGCAGCAUCCAUGGCCUAUCUUUGGGGUUAACACUUGUCUCCUUUGGCUUCAGCAUCGGACAGAGCAGAUCUCUCAGCAGCAGAAGCAGCGUUGUGAGGACUUAGCUGGGACCUGGAAUCGUAUCCUCCUGUAUUUUUUCAGACUCUUUGGAAAUUAAGGAAUGCAAUUCUGCCACCAUGAUGGAAGGAUUGAAAAAGCGUACAAGGAAGGCCUUUGGAAUACGGAAGAAAGAAAAGGACACUGAUUCGACAGGUUCACCAGAUAGAGAUGGAAUUAAGAAAAGCAAUGGGGCACCAAAUGGAUUUUAUGCGGAAAUUGAUUGGGAAAGAUACAACUCGCCUGAGCUGGAUGAAGAAGGCUACAGCAUCAGACCUGAGGAACCCGGCUCUACCAAAGGAAAGCACUUUUAUUCUUCAAGCGAAUCGGAAGAGGAAGAAGAAUCACACAAGAAGUUUAAUAUCAAGAUUAAGCCAUUGCAAGCUAAAGACAUUCUUAAGAACGCUGCAACUGUAGAUGAACUGAAGGCAUCAAUAGGCAACAUUGCACUUUCCCCAUCACCAGUGGGUGCAAUUAAAAGGAACUUAUCCAGUGAAGAAGUAGCGAGACCCAGGCGUUCCACACCAACUCCAGAACUCAUAAGCAGAAAACCUCCAGAUGACACCAUGGCACUUGCUCCUCUCUUUGGCCCACCAUUAGAAUCAGCUUUUGAUGAACAGAAGACAGAAGUUCUUUUAGAUCAGCCUGAGAUAUGGGGUCCAGGCCAACCUAUUAAUCCAAGCACGGAGUCGCCAAAGUUAACAAGGCCUUUUCCCACUGGAACACCUCCACCAUUGCCUCCAAAACACGUACCAGCCACCCCACCCCGAACAGGCUCCCCCUUAACAACUGGACCAGGAAAUGACCAGUCAGCCACAGAGGUCAAAAUUGAAAAACUACCAUCAAUCAAUGACUUGGACAGCAUUUUUGGCCCUGUGUUGUCCCCCAAGUCUGUUGCUGUUAAUGCUGAAGAAAAGUGGGUCCAUUUUUCUGAUACAUCCCCGGAACGUGUUACUCCAGAGUUGACUCCAAGGGAAAAGGUGGUGUCCCCACCAGCUGCCUCAGACAACCCAGCUGACUCCCCGCCUCUGGGUCCCCCGGGCCCUCCUGGCCCCCCAGGACCUCCGAGUCCUCCUCGCAAUGUACCAUCGCCACUCAACUUAGAAGAAGUCCAGAAGAAAGUCGCUGAGCAGGCCUUCAUUAAAGAUGAUUACUUAGAAACAAUCUCAUCUCCUAAAGAUUUGGGGCUGGGGCAGAGAGCAACUCCGCCUGCCCCACCACCACCCACCUACAGGACUGUGGUUUCGUCCCCCGGACCUGGCUCGGGCAGUGGUACGGGGACCACCAGUGGUGCAUCAUCCCCUGCUCGGCCAGCCACCCCCUUGGUUCCUUGCAGCACCACGACCCCACCUCCACCUCCUCCCCGGCCUCCGUCUCGGCCAAAGCUACCUCCAGGGAAGCCUGGAGUCGGAGAUGUGCCCCGACCUUUCAGCCCUCCCAUCCAUUCUUCCAGCCCUCCUCCGAUAGCACCCCUAGCCCGGGCUGAGAGCACUUCUUCAAUAUCGUCCACCAAUUCCUUGAGUGCAGCCACCACCCCGACAGUUGUGUCAGAAGCUGAUGUUUUUUAUGACAAACUGCCCUCGUUUGAAAGGCGCUGUGAAACGCCCGCAGAGAAUGAACAGCCUUCCCUCGUUUGGUUUGACAGAGGAAAGUUUUAUUUGACUUUUGAAGGUUCUUCCAGGGGACCCAGCCCCCUAACCAUGGGAGCCCAGGACACCCUCCCUGUUGCAGCAGCAUUUACAGAAACGGUCAAUGCCUACUUCAAAGGAGCAGAUCCAAGCAAAUGUAUCGUGAAGAUUACUGGAGAAAUGGUGUUGUCCUUUCCUGCCGGCAUCACCAGACACUUUGCCAACAACCCAUCGCCAGCUGCCCUGACUUUUCGGGUGACAAAUUUCAGCAGGUUAGAACACGUCCUGCCAAAUCCCCAACUUCUCUGCUGUGAUAAUACCCAAAAUGAUGCCAAUACCAAGGAAUUCUGGGUAAACAUGCCAAAUUUGAUGAUUCAUCUAAAGAAAGUGUCGGAACAAAAACCCCAGGCUACAUAUUAUAACGUGGAUAUGCUCAAAUAUCAGGUGUCAGCCCAGGGCAUUCAGUCCACACCUCUGAACCUGGCAGUGAACUGGCGAUGUGAGCCGGCAAGCACUGACCUGCGCAUAGAUUACAAAUACAAUACGGAUGCAAUGGCAACGGCCGUGGCCCUCAACAAUGUGCAGUUCCUGGUCCCCAUAGAUGGAGGGGUAACCAAGCUCCAGGCUGUGCUCCCACCAGCAGUCUGGAAUGCUGAACAGCACAGAAUAUUGUGGAAGAUUCCUGAUAUUUCUCAGAAGUCAGAAAAUGGAGGAGUGGGCUCUUUAUUGGCAAGAUUUCAGUUAUCUGAAGGCCCAAGCAAACCUUCCCCAUUGGUUGUGCAGUUUACAAGUGAAGGAAGCACCCUUUCUGGCUGUGACAUUGAACUUGUUGGAGCAGGGUAUAGAUUUUCACUCAUCAAGAAAAGGUUUGCUGCAGGAAAAUACUUGGCAGAUAACUAAUAAAAUCUUAUGCAAGGAUUUGGAGGAUUCAUAUAAUGGAGAACUACUGUAUGAGAAACAGGUUUUAAUUUUGGUUUGAUGAAAACAAACCAAAAUCUGCACUUGGGGUAUAUCUGCUGGAAAUGUCAAUGACUUUCAGCAAUGAUUUCCCUCACACAAUACCAUGAUGACCAGUCCUACAGUAUUUACUUCUAGGUGUAAUAUUGUUAAUGGUUUUAAAAUGUAAUUAUUGUAUUUGUAAAUUGUACUCAUUCCAGUAAGGCAGUUAUACUUGAGUUUUAGCAUUUUACCAUUUCUGAAAUGGAUGUAAUUUAAACUGUGAUAUGUAAAUUUAAUAGUAGUACUGUUGAAUGGCACAAUGCUUACAGAGGUAGAUUGCAUUUUGUCAAUAUAUAAAAUUUAAAUAUAAUAUUGAUAGCUGUCAUAAGGGGGUGCCACACACAAAGAAAAUUUAGUGGAACCAGAAAAAACUUCCUUUUCUUCGGUCCUUAGUAUGUUUUACUCUAGUGCUAAAUAAAAAUUCUAUCUUCAAAUAUUUAGUGGGUUAAAGUCAGAAACUAUUUCAGAAAAAAAAUUCUGAGGUACAUGCGCAUAUUCAAAGAAAAGCAUUAAUUAUCACUUUUUAAAAAGCUUUUUUUUCAAACUGCAAAUUUCAUAAAAAUGCAAACUGUGUAAACAGGGCCUCUUAUUUUUAUAACUUGUGUAAAAAGGGAAAGCAAUUCAUAUUUAAAGUUUAUGAAAUUAUAAUCAAGAGUAAAGAAGAUGUCGAAGUCUUAACUACUUCCCCCUCUCUCCACAGUUUAGCAGAUGUGGAGAUUACUGAAUAAUCAGACUAAAACCAAAAUUGUGAUUUUAAAAUUUCAAGAAUUUCCAUAGUUGAACUGGUUAACAACUUUUGCACAAUAACUAAACAGAGAGUGCCUCCCAUCCAGCAUGGGGAAUGGUACCAAGCAUCUUCCUCUUUACCAAUAGGAACCAAAACAUUGAGUCUAAAUAUCCCAAAAGAAAAAGAUUUUAGUCCCCUACUUAAAUCCAGAAGGAGAAUUUUAAUUGUCAUCAUUUAUAUCAUUUGGGAAGGAAAAAAUAAGCUUUAUAAAUCAAA